AUGGAUAUUGCUGUUAAGGAUGCUAACAUUGAGCCAGAGAAGGGUAACGAGAAUCCUAUAAACUACCACGCAACUAAUAUGUCUUCAGAUUGGCCUUUAAAUGAGAAUAUUCUUACCAAUACAUCACUAGGAAUUAUUCCCACAGGCAAUUCAAUUGUGGAGUCCUCUGUUUGUUCCUCUGCAUUGAUGGCAGAUUCUUUUUGCCCUCAGAUAUGGGAUCAACCCGUAAGUGUACAGAGUUUAGGCUAUUGUGAUGUGAAUGUUCCAAAUAAUGCUAGGACUAAAGAUAAUUUUGGUCCAACAAGUGCUAGUACAGGAUGGAUUCCUGAUGCAAUUUUAAGGGAGUGUAUGUAUUUGCCUACUUUUCCGGGGAUGGUUCCUCAGAGCAUGCCUCACUUUCUGGCUGAUUCCAGUUGUAUUGAAAGAGAAGCGAGGUUUUCGUGUUUCAGCGGAGAGAAUUUUGGUGAUAUGAUGAAUCGAUAUAUCGUUCCUGAAAAUUUGAAUUCUAAUUCUCAUGUUUUAGCAUCAAUGCAAGGGCAACACGACGUAUUUGCCAGUGGUGGAAGAAAAAUGAGCAUGACCGAAAGUUCCAAGGAGGCGUUUCUACCUUCGGAGUAUGGAACUGAAGGGAGCCCACUCAAGAAUAAAAAAACGAUAGAAAGUUCACCCUUCUCUCGUGUUGAAGCAAAACUAGGAGUUGGUACGUUGGCUAAUGAUUCCAAUGAGGUUGAAUUUAGCAGUAGAGGUGAUCAGGAGUUGGAGGGUUCACCCAGGGAGUCUUCUGGUAAAGGACUUGGCUCUAAGAAGAGGAAGAGAACUGAACAGAAUAGGGAACUUGAUGAAAACAAUCGAGUCCCGGAACCAUCAGCCGAGACAGCAAAGGACAAUGCUGAAAUUCAACAAAAGAGUGACUGGAAUCCAACUUCAACAAGUAAGCCUGCUGGAAAACAUGGAAAGCAGGGAUCUCAAGGGUCAGAUCUGCCCAAGGAAGAAUACAUACGUGUUCGAGCACGUAGAGGCCAGGCAACAAAUAGCCAUAGUCUGUCAGAAAGACUAAGGAGGGAGAAGAUUAGUGAAAGGAUGAAGUUUCUCCAGGAUCUUGUGCCUGGUUGCAGCAAGGUUACAGGAAAAGCAGUUAUGCUGGACGAAAUCAUCAAUUAUGUGCAAUCACUGCAACGACAGGUUGAGUUCCUCUCGAUGAAGCUUGCAACAGUAAAUCCACUGCUGAAUUUCAAUAUCGAAGGGCUCCUUACCAAAGAUACCAUUCAGUCGUGCAUUGGUUCAUCAUCUUCGCUGCCUUUUCCACCUGAUAUGAUCAUGCCUUAUCUUCCAUUACAUCAAACUCCACCUGGACUAAUUCAACCUGGUCUUUCAAGCUUCGGAAUCUCUUCAAAUGCACUUCGGAGAUCUAUCAACUCCCCAUUUACUUCUGCCUUUAAGGAGUCCACAUCUCAAGGACUGAGCUUGUGGGAGGAUGAGCUUCAUAAUGUUGUUCAGAUGGAAAUAAACUCAAGUGCUCCUCUUAGUAGCCAAGAUUUAACUGGUUCUUUGCCUCCAGGCCACAUUAAAGCCGAACUAUGA